CAAUAUUCGAAAAUCAAGACUCAAAGUUAUGUCUUAGCUCAGACAUGCUCUUUCUCUUCUCUCUACUUUCUCUCUCUACAUUUCUGUCAAUCUUUCUCUCUACGCGAUCUCUACACGAACUCUCAAUUCCACAACGAAGAUGAAAAUCCUUCAAACCUCUAUCAUUCUGUAUCUCGUUUUCUCUGUGUUAGAUUUCUAGGGUUUUGGUUACGCUCUUGCACUAACCAGAUGUUCACAGAUUUAAGCGAUUUAUCCAAUCUAUGCAUCGAUUUGGGCUGUUGAAUCACUACUUUAGUUUAGUUUUGCAGCUUCAAGUUUGUGAAGAUUUGGGGAGGAGUAAAACCUGUGGAAAAUUGACACAUGAGAUGUUUGGUUUUAUCUACCAAAUCUUGCACUUCCUUAAAAUCUUGAAAGGUAGCUGUGAAUUUCUUAAAAUCUUUUAUGUGGUGGACUUUAUAAUUGAACCAAUACAGUUGAACCUUCCAUUGCCCUCAAGCUGUAGAUGUUGUACAUGUGGGCUACAACUUUUUACAAAGACUUUUGUGAUAACUUUUGAUUUUGGAAACAAGAAUAUUUGAGGAGAACUUUCCCUACAGUUUUCUGUAAGUCAUAAAAUUCAGAAAACAUGCCGUCAUGGUGGGGUAAAUCAUCAUCUAAGGAGGUGAAGAAGAAAGCAAGCAAGGAAAGUUUCAUUGACACAUUACACCGAAAGUUUAAAAGUCCAACUGAGAAUAAACUGAAUGGCAGAUCAGGAGGUUCUCGAAGACAUUGCAGUGACACAGUUUCAGAGAAAGGUUUUCAAUCUCGAGCGGAAUCAAGAUCUCCAUCACCUUCCAAACAUGUUUCAAGGAGUCAAAGUUUUGCUGAGAGGCCCCAAUAUGCUCAACCACUUCCCCUUCCUGGUGCGCACCCUGCAACUGUGGGCCGUACAGACUCUGGAAUUGGUAUAUCAACAAAAUCAAAAUUGGAAAAGGGCUCAAAGUCAUCCUUGUUUUUGCCUCUCCCAAAACCAGGAUGUAUCCGUAGUAGGGCAAAUCCAGCCGAUUUAGAUGGAGAUUUGGCCACUCCUUCUGUUUCUAGUGAGUGUUCCAUUGAUAGUGACGAUCCUGCUGACUCUCGUCUUCGUAGUCCCCAGGCAAUUGACUAUGAUCAUGGAAAUAGAACUACUGCAAGCAGUGGUUCCAGUGCAAUGCUCAAGGAUCACUCUACUGUCACCCAAAUAAACGCAAGGGAAGCAAAAAAACCAGCUAAUAUAUCUUUAGGUAAUCAUACAUCUCCUACAUCACCCAAACGGAGACCUCUAAGCAAUCAUGUGCCAAAUCUACAGGUUCCACAUCAUGGUGCUUUUUGCAGUGCACCAGACAGUUCUAUGUCUAGUCCUUCUAGAAGUCCAAUGAGAGCAUUUGGUGGCGAACAAGUCAUAAAUUCUGCUUUCUGGGCUGGGAAGCCUUAUACAGAUGUCAAUUUACUAGGAUCUGGCCACUGCUCAAGCCCUGGAUCAGGUUACAAUUCUGGGCAUAAUUCAAUGGGGGGAGAUAUGUCAGGACAAUUAUUCUGGCAACAAAGUAGGGGUAGCGCUGAAUGUUCUCCAAUACCUAGUCCUAGAAUGACUAGCCCUGGCCCCAGCUCAAGGGUUCAGAGUGGUGCUGUCACACCAAUUCAUCCUCGAGCAGGAGGGACAAACAUUGAGUCACAGACAAGCUGGCCUGAUGAUGGAAAACAACAAAGCCAUCGGUUACCACUUCCUCCUGUAUCAGUUUCCAGUUCAUCUCCUUUUUCUCAUUCAAAUUCAGCAGCAGCAUCUCCUUCUGUGCCGCGAAGUCCUGGAAGGGCAGAGAAUCCCAUAAGCCCUGGAUCACGCUGGAAAAAGGGAAAGCUGCUGGGUAGAGGCACUUUUGGACAUGUUUAUGUUGGUUUUAACAGCGAAAGUGGUGAAAUGUGUGCAAUGAAGGAAGUGACAUUAUUUUCAGACGAUGCGAAGUCAAAGGAAAGUGCUAAGCAGUUGAUGCAGGAAAUUGCUCUAUUGAGCCGCUUGCGGCAUCCAAACAUUGUGCAGUACUAUGGAUCUGAGACGGUUGGUGACAGACUUUAUAUUUACCUGGAGUAUGUAUCUGGUGGGUCCAUAUAUAAAAUUCUCCAAGAGUAUGGACAACUGGGAGAGCUAGCAAUUCGUAGUUAUACUCAGCAAAUCUUGUCAGGACUUGCAUAUCUACAUUCUAAAAGCACUGUCCAUAGAGAUAUUAAAGGAGCAAACAUACUUGUGGAUCCAAAUGGUCGUGUAAAAUUGGCAGACUUUGGGAUGGCAAAGCAUAUCACUGGACAAUCAUGUCCUCUAUCAUUCAAGGGAAGCCCUUACUGGAUGGCUCCUGAGGUUAUAAAGAACUCAAAUGGUUGCAACCUUGCUGUGGACAUAUGGAGUCUUGGAUGUACUGUUUUGGAAAUGGCUACAACUAAACCGCCUUGGAGCCAGUUUGAAGGGGUUGCUGCCAUGUUCAAAAUUGGAAAUAGCAAGGAUCUGCCAGCAAUUCCAGAUCACCUCUCAGAUGUUGGAAAGGAUUUUGUGAGAAAGUGUUUGCAACGUAAUCCGCAACUUCGUCCUACAGCUGCCCAGCUUUUGGAGCAUCCUUUUGUGAAAUCUGCUGCUCCUUUGGAAAGACCUGUUCCAGGCACUGAGCCCACAGAUCAACCCCCAACAGUCACAAAUGGAAUCAAGGCUCUGGGCAUUAGUCAAGCAAGAAAUUUUACCCCCUUGGAUACAGAGAGGCUUGCAGUUCAUUCAUCUAGAGUAUUGAAAACAAGUUCCCAUGCGAGUGAGAUUCAAAUCCAAAGGAAUAUAUCAUGUCCGGUCUCACCAAUUGGAAGCCCUCUUCCGCAUACAAGGUCACCACAGAGAAUGUCUCCUUCACCUAUAUCUAGCCCACGGACCACUUCUGGCCCAUCCACACCUCUUACAGGUGGAAGUGGUGCUAUUCCAUUUAAUCAUUUGAAACAGUCAGUUUAUUUGCAGGAGGGUUUUGGAAGCAUGCCAAAGCCCUCAAAUGGUAUCUACAUGAAUGGCCCUUCUUAUCAUGAUUCGAAUCCAGACCUUUUUCGAGGAACACAGCCAGGGUCUCACAUGUUCUCCGAGCUGGUUCCUUGUGAAAAUGAUGUUCUUGGAAAGCAACUUGGAAGGCCUGCUCAUGGGGAACUUUAUGAUGGACAGUCCGUCUUGGCUGAUCGUGUGUCUCGGCAGCUCUUAAGGGAUCAUGUUAAGAUGAACCCUAGCCUGGAUCUAAGUCCCCAUUCUCCUUUGCCCAGCCGGACCAGUGGCAUAUAACUUUAUUGCAUUUUAGCCACCAAUCAGAGCAAGCUUCUAUGUUGCUGGAUUGUCUUUUUGGUUCCACAUUAUUGAUGAAUUCACCAAAUCAACAGCUGAGGAAACUAAUGUUUGCAAUAAGUGCUUUGGGGAGAGAACUGCGGAAUAAGGUUUAAGGUCCAAAGAAAAGUGUCACUAUAGAAUCAUCUGGCUGUAGGUAGAUAGGUUCAUAGUGGCUGGCAUUUAAUUGCAUGCAAUCAGAUCAUCAGGAUGAUCACGCUAAGCUAUUUGAGAAUGCUGAUUCUGUUGCCGAGGGUUCAGUUGCACCGAUAAAAGGAACUCGCUUAGCCAAUGAGAAACUAGCUGUUGUGGUAUGACGAGGCAUCAACUUGUACAAAGUCAACCCCAUGAAUUACAGUGUGGCUGACUCGAUCAAGGCAAGGGAAAUCUGUUUCUUCCUAGGAGGUAUGGCUUUUGGUGAUCCAAUCACCAAAGUACGGCAGUUCCUUCUCAGUGUGGGUAAUAUUCAAGGCAGUGAGAACUGUACAUUCUUUUAGAUCGUGGUAUAGAAGAAAAACAAGGAUUGAAUCCAUGCAAUUUUAGCUUUUUGGAAUUCUUCUUUGGGAUCUGAGACUGCUGUACAGUAAUUUGGAGAACUGAAUUGAGGUUAGAAACUUGUUAAUGAAGAAUCCUUGAUUUGCUGGGCGCAUGCAUAUCCAUUCCCCAAAAUGGUAAUGCUGCUCAGAUUAACGUCUUUGUAUACUCUGUUCAAGCUGAUUUAUUAUGUGUACAUUACCACUUCGGCCAAUUGAAAGGUAAAAAAAGAAGUAUCUAAUCCCUUGAUUCUGUAA